CUGUUUGACUCCGAAGACCUACAAGGCUGUCGCUGACACAGCGGAUGUCAUCAGCAUGGACGGCAGAACGACCAUGAAGGAAAAGUACUGGAGACAGGACUUAUCCUUGUCGAACACCUCUACUGAUGCUGAAAGAGUUCUCCACGACAUUUCACCACACUCUGUGAGUUUGUGUAGCUACCAGCUCUUUAGCAGUCUCCAGCUCAUUCUAUGAGAGGAG